CUUUAGAUAUAUGUUCACUCAAACUUAAAAAACGCACACACAAUUUAGUGACACUUAACUAGCUACCACUACAAAACUUCAAACAUCAAAAUUGUUGUGUGCACUUCCAUUCCAAGAGAUGGAUUUAGAUUUUGAUUCCACUUUUUUCCUAAACCAAAACCUUAGUUUCUUCCCAGAAAACUCCUCUAUUUUUGGAGACACUUUUUCUUGGGACUACAACUUUGUUUUGGAUGAUAUCUUCAACAACUUGAGCGACAAUUCGUCACAAUCACAAACCAAGGAAACAUCCUCAGCGUCCAAUGUUUCCAGUUGUAUUGGUAGCGUUGAGUUACAAGAAGUCUCAUCUAACACCACUUACAAGGAAGUGAAAAAAGUACGACCACCACCACCAUCACCACCACUACCUUCACAACAAGUUGCCAAGGAGCCCAGGAUGUACAGAGGAGUGAGGAAGAGGCCGUGGGGGAAAUUCGCGGCCGAGAUAAGAGAUUCCACUCGAAACGGCGUUCGAGUGUGGAUCGGAACCUUUGACACGGCCGAAGCCGCGGCUUUGGCUUAUGAUCAAGCCGCGUUUUCUACAAGAGGGUCUCUUGCGGUGCUGAAUUUCCCAGAGGAAGUGGUGAGGGAGUCCCUUAAAGACAUGCCAAGUAAGCCAUGGGAAGAAGGUUCCUCCCCUGUUUUGGCUCUUAAGAGAAAACACACUAUGAGAACAAAGUCCAAUUCUAAGAAGAAGACCAAGGUUGAUCAGAGGGAACAAUUAGACUUCAGCAGAACUUCGCAAAAUGUGCUCGUGUUCGAGGAUUUGGGUGCUGAGUACCUAGAACAGCUUUUGACUUUGACUUCUUAAUCAGCCUCUCUGUUUUCCAGUUCUCUGUUUUUCGAAUUGUUCGUAAACAAUUUUUUACUUUGUAAUUCUUUCAUCACUAGGAUCAAACGUUAUAUUCUGUUCCUACUUCUUCCUUC